AUGGCGGGAGCAAUUAUCGAGAACAUGAGCACCAAAAAGUUGGUGAUAGUAGGAGUUAUACUGCUUUUGUUCCAGGCGUUCGCUUUCAUGGUCGGUGGGUUAAUUGCUCCUAGCCCCACCACUGCAGUCCACUACCUGGCCACCAAAUGUGUGGACACUGUCAAGCAUCGCCAGGAAACCAAGUGGUUCAUGCCUUGGGGUCCUAACCAAUGUGACAAGAUCCGGAACCUUGAAGAGGCCACGGCUAAGAGGAUUGAGGCCAACAACAUUGUGUUUGCUGUGCACAUUCCUCUGCCUAACAAGGAGAUGAGUCCCUGGUUCCAGUUCAUGCUAGUCAUCCUGCAGUUUGACAUUGCAUUCAAGAUGUACAACCAGAUAGAGGAUGGUGCGAUGGUUACCGUUGAUGUGAGCCUGGCCUAUCGAGAUGAUACAGUCAGUGAGUGGACGCAGAUGGCUCACUCACUUGAACAACGGAAGCUCAACUGCAAUUUUACAAUUUCCAAGACAUUUGAAAAUGAGGGCCGUUACUAUGAGUGUGACCUGCUGCCCUUCAUGGAAGUCGGCAGUGUGGCACAUAAGUAUUAUCUCCUCAACAUCCGUCUGCCCGUCACUGAGCACAAGAGGAUCAACGUGGGCAUUGGAGAAAUAAAGGAUAUUCGACUAGUUGGAAUCCACCAAAAUGGAGGUUUCACUCAGGUUUGGUUUGCCAUGAAGACAUUCCUCACACCCAGCAUUUUAAUCAUCAUGAUCUGGUACUGGAGGCGGAUCACGCUUAUGACUCGACCUCCUGUGCUGUUGGAGAAAGUUAUCUUUGCUCUGGGCAUCUCCAUGACAUUCAUCAACAUCCCAGUGGAGUGGUUCUCCAUUGGCUUUAACUGGACCUGGAUGUUGCUUUUUGGAGACAUCCGGCAAGGCAUUUUCUACUCCAUGUUGCUGUCCUUCUGGAUCAUAUUCUGCGGGGAGCACCUCAUGGACCAAACGGAGAGGAAUCGCUUCUCAGUGUAUUGGAAACAAGUCGGGCCCAUCGUGUUUGGGUCUUUCUGUCUUUUUAUUUUUGAUAUGUGUGAGAGAGGUGUCCAGUUGACAAACCCCUUCUAUAGCAUCUGGGCGUCUGAUGUUGGAACUGAACUGGCUAUGGCGUUCAUAAUAGUAGCAGGGAUUUGCGCCUGCCUCUACUUCCUCUUCCUCUGCUUCAUGGUUUUCCAAGUCUUCCGAAACAUCAGUGGGAAGAGGACUUCACUGCCUGCUAUGUCCAAAGCCAGACGCUUGCACUAUGAGGGUUUAAUUUUUAGGUUCAAAUUUCUCAUGUUGGUCACUUUGGCCUGUGCUGCCAUGACCGUUAUCUUCUUCAUCAUCAGUCAGGUGAAUGAGGGUCACUGGCACUGGGGCGAACACACCGUGCAGGUGAACAGCGCCUUCUUCACAGGCAUCUACGGAAUGUGGAACCUGUACGUAUUUGCCAUCAUGUUCUUGUACGCCCCCUCUCACAAACGUUACGGAGACGACCAAUCAAGUGGACAGUCUUCAGCAAACAGCGGAGAGGACAUCCAACUGACUACCACCAUCACUCACGUCGACGGUCCCACCGAGAUCUACAAGAUGACUGGAAAAGAGGCCCAAGAGUAA